AUGGCUGCAACCGUUAAUGCAACGCCAGGACCUAAUAGCUUAAAGCAGUUUACUUUGGAAUCGUUGGUGAAUAUUGAGCUGCGUAUCAAUGAGGAGAAGAACAAGAAGCCACCCAAGCAGGACAGCAGCUACCGCGAUGAUGAUGACGAGAACAAGCCCAAGCCCAACACCGACCUGGAGGCUGGGAAGAGCCUGCCCUACAUCUAUGGGGACAUCCCCAAGGGACUGGUGGCGGUCCCACUGGAGGAGCUGGACCCAUUCUACCUGAACUCUCAGAAAACAUUUAUAGUGCUAAAUAGAGGGAAGACAAUCUUCCGUUUUAGUGCCACAUCUGCCUUGUACUUCAUACAUCCUUUAAAUCCGGUUAGGCGAGUAGCUAUUAAAAUUUUGAUACAUGCUCUUUUCAGCAUGAUCAUUAUGUGUACUAUUUUGACAAACUGUAUAUUCAUGACGUUUAGUGAUCCUCCCGAGUGGUCAAAACAAGUUGAGUACACAUUCACAGGAAUUUAUACAUUUGAGUCUCUUGUAAAGAUCACAGCACGAGGAUUCUGUAUAGACGGCUUUACAUUCCUCAGAGAUCCAUGGAACUGGCUGGAUUUCAUGGUCAUUUCGAUGGCGUAUAUAACAGAGUUUGUAAACCUAGGCAAUGUCUCAGCUCUGCGCACGUUCAGGGUGUUGAGGGCAUUGAAAACUAUUUCUGUAAUUCCAGGCCUGAAGACCAUUGUGGGCGCUUUGAUCCAGUCUGUGAAGAAGCUUUCGGAUGUGAUGAUCCUGACUGUCUUCUGCCUGAGCGUCUUCGCCCUCAUCGGUCUCCAGCUCUUCAUGGGCAACCUGCGCCACAAGUGUGUAAUCUGGCCAAUCAACACCACCAAGAGCUUCGACUGGAAAGAGUACAUCAUGAACGACACCAAUUUCUACUUCCAGCCCGGCCAGUUGGAUGCUCUUCUCUGUGGGAACAGCUCCGACUCUGGCCGCUGCCCGGAGGGCUACACAUGCAUGAAAGCGGGGAGGAAUCCAAACUACGGCUACACCAGCUUUGACAGCUUCGGCUGGGCCUUCCUGACUCUCUUCCGACUCAUGACACAGGACUUCUGGGAAAACCUUUACAUGCUGACCCUGAGGGCGGCAGGAAAGACCUACAUGAUCUUCUUUGUGCUGGUGAUCUUUGUGGGCUCCUUCUACUUGGUCAAUCUGAUCUUGGCUGUGGUGGCCAUGGCCUACGAGGAGCAGAACCAGGCCACCAUGGAAGAAAGCCUGCGGAAAGAGGAGGAAUUCAAGGCCAUGCUGGAGCAGCUCAAGAGACAGCAGGAAGACGCCCAGACGGCUGCCAUGGCAACCUCUGCGGGCACAGUGUCGGAGGACGCAGUGGAGGAUGAUGGUGGAGGCCGUCUGUCAUGCAGUUCCUCUGAGAUGUCAAAGCUCAGCUCCAAGAGUGCAAAAGAGCGUCGCAAUCGAAAGAAGAAGUGGCGGCAGAAAGAGCAGGAGAAGGAGAAAGGCGACAGCGAGAAGUUUGUCAAGUCAGAGUCAGAUGACGGCAGCAAGAGGAGCCGUUUCCGUUUCCCUGAUAAUCGUCUGGGUCGAAAGUCUUCCAUUAUGAACCAGUCCCUCCUCAGCAUACCCGGCUCGCCUUUCCUGUCCCGCCAGAACAGUAAGAGCAGCAUCUUCAGUUUCAAGGGUCGCGGUAAAGACUCAGAGAACGAGUUUGCCGAUGAUGAACACAGCACGGUGGAGGAGUUCGAGGAGCGGCGGGGCUCCCUGUUCAGCCCUUACCGGCGGAACAGCUACGGUGGCUUUCACGGGAAGAGGAACAGCACGGUGGAUUGCAACGGCGUGGUGUCGCUCAUCGGCCCUGGGCCCGGUGGACGCCUUCUGCCUGAGGUGAACAUAUAUAAGGCAGCUACUGACGACAGUCCGACUACUGAGGUUGAGGUGAAGAAGAAGCUGUCGGGCUCCCUGAUGGUGUCUGUGGACCAGCUCAAUACCUCCUUUGGGCGGAAAGAGCGGGCCAACAGUGUCAUGAGCGUCAUUACCAACACACUAGUGGAGGAACUGGAGGAUUCUCAGCGAAACUGUCCGCCGUGCUGGUAUAAGUUUUCUAACACAUUCCUGAUCUGGGAGUGCUCCCCCAAGUGGAUUAAGAUCAAGGAGAUUAUGAACCUGAUUGUCAUGGACCCCUUCGUGGACUUAGCCAUCACCAUCUGUAUCGUGCUCAACACUCUCUUCAUGGCCAUGGAGCACUACCCCAUGACCACCGACUUUGAAGACAUGCUGUCCGUAGGCAAUCUGGUAUUCACUGGGAUCUUUGCAGGGGAGAUGCUCUUCAAGCUUGUGGCUAUGGAUCCAUAUUACUACUUCCAGGAGGCCUGGAACUGUUUUGAUGGUUUUAUUGUGACGCUGAGUUUAGUGGAGCUGGCUCUGGCUGACGUCGAGGGCCUGUCUGUGCUGCGCUCAUUCCGAUUGCUGAGAGUGUUUAAGCUGGCCAAGUCAUGGCCUACCCUCAACAUGCUGAUCAAGAUCAUUGGUAACUCUGUGGGAGCCUUGGGGAACCUGACCCUGGUGCUGGCCAUCAUCGUCUUCAUCUUUGCUGUGGUGGGCAUGCAGCUGUUUGGCAAGAGCUACAAAGACUGCGUGUGUAAAAUUUCUCUUGAGUGUGAGUUGCCCCGCUGGCACAUGAACGACUUCUUCCACUCCUUCCUGAUCGUCUUCCGGGUGCUGUGUGGUGAAUGGAUUGAGACCAUGUGGGACUGCAUGGAGGUGGCGGGUCAGGGCAUGUGCCUCCUUGUCUUCUUGAUGGUCAUGGUUAUCGGUAACCUGGUGGUGUUGAACCUGUUUCUUGCCUUGCUGCUGAGCUCAUUCAGUGCUGACAACUUGGCUGCGACAGAUGACGACGGUGAGCCCAACAACCUGCAGAUAUCCGUCAAGCGUAUCAAGAUAGGCAUUGCAUGGAUAAAAGCAAAGAUGAGGAUAUUGAUGGCCCGUCUGCUAAAGAAACCACAGAUGGAAGACGAGCAGAAGCAUUUCGAUGACAUGUAUGACAAGAAGCUGAACUGCAUUGCUAACCACACCGGGGUGGACAUCAACCGUGACCUGGACUAUGCCAAGAAUGGUAACGGCACUACCAGCGGUAUUGGUAGCAGUGUGGGCAAGUAUAUGAUCGAUGAGGAACACAUGUCGUUCAUCCACAACCCAAACCUGACCGUCUGCGUGCCCAUAGCUGUUGGAGAAUCUGAUUUUGAAAACCUCAACACAGAGGACUUCAGCAGCGAGUCGGAAAAUGAGAACAGCAAAGAGCUGGAUGACACCAGUUCAUCGGAGGGCAGCACUGUUGACAUGAGGCCAGACGUGGAGGAGGUGGUGGUGGUGGAGCCGGUGGAGGAAUUCCUGGACCCAGAGGCGUGUUGGACAGAUGGAUGUGUCGCCAAAUUUAAGUGCUGUGAAGUUGAUAUUACUACGGGCUGGUGGAAGCAUUGGUGGUUCCUGCGAAAAACCUGCUUCCUGAUUGUGGAGCAUAAUUGGUUUGAGAGCCUCAUCAUCUUCAUGAUCCUCCUCAGUAGCGGUGCCCUGGCCUUUGAGGAUGUGUACAUCGAGCAGAGGAAGACCAUUCGGAUCAUUUUGGAAUAUGCUGACAGGGUUUUCACCUACAUCUUCAUCCUGGAGAUGUUGCUGAAAUGGGUCGCCUACGGUUUUGUCAAGUAUUUCACCAAUGCCUGGUGCUGGCUGGAUUUCUUCAUUGUGGAUGUGUCUAUAGUCAGCCUUGUAGCUAAUGCGCUGGGCUACUCCGAUCUAGGGCCCAUUAAAUCACUCAGGACACUAAGGGCCUUGAGACCCCUCAGAGCCUUGUCACGUUUUGAAGGGAUGAGGGUGGUAGUCAACGCCUUGGUGGGUGCCAUCCCUUCCAUUAUGAAUGUGUUGCUGGUUUGCCUCAUCUUUUGGCUAAUUUUCAGUAUCAUGGGGGUCAACUUGUUUGCGGGCAAGUACUACUACUGUUUCAAUCAGACAUCAGAGGAAUACUUUUCCGUCGACGUGGUCAACAACAAGACCCAGUGUGUGGCUCUCAUGAAUCAAAACUUCACCGAGGUCAGGUGGAAGAAUGUCAAGAUCAACUUUGACAAUGUGGGAGCCGGCUACCUGGCCCUGCUGCAAGUGGCUACAUUCAAAGGUUGGAUGGACAUCAUGUACGCGGCUGUGGACUCCAGAGAGGUGGAAGACCAGCCCGACUAUGAAGUCAACAUCUACAUGUACAUCUACUUUGUGGUUUUCAUCAUAUUUGGGUCCUUCUUCACCCUCAACCUCUUCAUUGGUGUGAUCAUUGACAACUUCAACCAGCAGAAGAAAAAGUUUGGAGGUCAGGAUAUAUUCAUGACAGAGGAACAGAAAAAGUACUACAAUGCCAUGAAAAAACUGGGGUCCAAAAAGCCACAAAAACCUAUUCCUCGACCACAGAACAUGAUCCAGGGCAUGGUGUUUGACUUUGUGCAGCAGCAGGUCUUUGACAUCUCCAUCAUGAUUCUCAUCUGCCUCAACAUGGUUACCAUGAUGGUUGAAACGGACGAUCAGUCAGACGAAACGGACAACGUCCUCUACUGGGUCAACUUCAUCUUUAUUGUAGUCUUCACCACAGAGUUCUUGCUCAAGCUUUUUGCCCUUCGCCACUAUUACUUCACUAAUGGUUGGAAUAUCUUCGACGUGGUGGUCGUCAUUCUGUCUAUUGUCGGCAUGUUCCUGGCUGAUAUAAUUGAGAAGUACUUUGUGUCACCAACACUCUUCAGGGUGAUCAGGUUGGCUCGUAUCGGCCGUAUCCUCCGUCUAAUCAAAGGAGCCAAGGGCAUCCGGACUUUACUUUUUGCUCUGAUGAUGUCACUGCCAGCCCUCUUCAACAUUGGCCUAUUGCUCUUCCUGGUCAUGUUCAUCUUUUCCAUCUUCGGUAUGUCUAACUUUGGCUACGUAAAACAUGGAGCCGGAAUUGACGACUUGUACAACUUUGAGACCUUUGGCAACAGCAUGAUCAUUCUGUUCAUGAUCACCACAUCCGCUGGGUGGGACGGCUUGCUGCUGCCCAUCAUGAACUACCCACCAGACUGCAACCCCCGUUUUGAGAACCCCGGUACACCCGUGAAGGGCGACUGUGGUAACCCCUCAGUGGGAAUCUUCUUUUUUGUCAUGUAUAUCAUCAUUUCUUUCCUGAUCGUGGUCAACAUGUACAUUGCCAUCAUCCUGGAGAACUUCAGUGUGGCCACAGAGGAAAGUGCUGAUCCACUCAGUGAGGACGACUUUGAGACCUUCUACGAGAUCUGGGAGAAGUUUGACCCUACUGCCUCUCAGUUCAUUACUUUUGCCAAGCUGUCUGACUUUGCAGACGCACUGGAGCACCCACUCCGUGUGCCCAAGCCCAACACGAUAGAACUAAUUGCCAUGGACCUGCCCAUGGUGAGCGGCGAUCGUAUUCACUGCCUGGACAUCCUGUUUGCCUUCACAAAGCGAGUGCUGGGUGACAGUGGUGAGUUAGACAUGCUGAGACAACAGAUGGAGGAGCGUUUUGUUGCAGCCAACCCUUCCAAGGUGUCGUAUGAACCCAUCACCACCACUCUUCGCCGCAAACAGGAGGAUGUCUCUGCCAGAACUAUACAGAAUGCCUACCGCAUCCACCUCAUCCGGCACGGCAUCAUCUACAGGCGUCACAUUUUUUCUAACAAUAGGUUUGAGAAUGGCGGGACCAACCAAGAGAAGAAGGAGAGCACACCAUCCACAGCCUCUCUCCCCUCCUACGACAGUGUGACCAAAUCUGACAAGGAAAAGCAGGACGAAAAAAAGGACGAGUGGGCCAGGAAAGACAAGGACAAAAACCAAAAAGAUGAGUGGGAAUCCAAGUGUUAAGGUUCAGUGACUCUCAAAAUCCAAUACAACAGAAGGAGAUGAGACUCUGAGCCCAAACCCGACUAAUGUAGAAAAAGUGAUUUGCAAGUAAGAAAAAAAAUGGAUACUAAAAAUAUGUUUACAGACUCAAUACUACUGAGGCAAUGUGGUCUCUCAUGUCGUAAAACACAGCUGAACCAAACACAAUCAGUUUACCACGGAACUUUUCUGCAUCAUGACUAAGUUUAUAUAAAAUGACUCACAGUGUGCUGGCCAAUGACACACAUUUCUUUGCGGACCAACUGCCAAGGCAUCGAAAUCUCUGUUAUAUGAUCGAAGAAUUGCAAAAUCCCUGCCACCACCGAGUGUGGAACCCCGCAGCAAAACUCAAAUGCUACGGGACUGGAUCAUACAGAUCCCACUAGAACUGUAUUACCAGUCUAAAAGAGAGUCUGUAGCACAGUUUACCAUCUUGAUUAAGAAGAAAACUAUCAUCAACCAAGCAAGUUUUAGCUAGGAUGGUAAAACACUAGCUAGGAAGGAAGGGGAAACCCAGAACUGUUGACAACAGAUGUUUGUUUGUUUGUCCUGAGUAUAUUUGCAUCUUUACAUUAUUUGAGCAGCAAAAAAAGAUAACAUUCAUCCCAUGUCACUAGUCUUUUCAUAUCCUCUUUGUUAUUCUCCUGACAUUGUAAAGGACACGUUCAACGUAGGCUUUCACACUGACUGGGUAGUGGUCAUUAUUCAUGGUUUUGACUUGGGCUGAGGUAGUUACAGAGCCGAGUUACAGAUGAAUAAUAACUAUUGUACUCGAUCAAUGCAUAGACAUGACUUGCAUGAAGAAAUGUUUUGAUCAGAAAGAUGAAUGAGUAUUCAAAGUCCAACAAGACACGGAUUCUCAGACCACUGCAGUGGCUCGACUAGUCCGAGGCUGUCCACUGUGGAAUCAAGUACAUUUGAAGAUGAAGAUAAUGAUUCAUAGACUAUUGGGGGAAUGAUAGUCGUAUGAUAUUGUCCUUCAUUAGUUUUGCUUUUCAAUUGGCGAAUCUUUUAAGACAUGCCUUCAUUAAAAUAUUUGGUGAUUGAAGGGUGUGAGCACUCAGAGGCAGAGUCACAGUCGGGAUCGGCCAACAACACAAACUAGAUACGUUUUUUUUUGCUGCUCUGAAUCUAGUUUAGAAAGUGUGGAGUGUAUGAGUAGGAAGCAGGAUAUCCUCACAAUGAGGAUGCACAGAUUUGGAGGGCCACGACAGUUACCCUGUUCCAAAUCUGGGGCUUAUACCUCUUUGUUUACAUCCGUCAUACAGUCACUUUCCUUACUUCUCUGUGGUCCCUGUUUCGUCAAUGAGAGCAGGUGAUGUUUCACGCCAAGGAAUCUAUAACUGGCACCAGUGAGGGUCUAGUGUGCUCAAGUGUCAAUAGGUAGCCCCUCUUCUGCUGUAGUUCUAUGAGAAAGGACAGAAAUGUGUUUUUUUUGUUUGUUUUGAUACUAUUUUUGUUGAUUUGUUAGUGGCUAGUGGAAAAACCUAACUGUAUUUAGAUAGAUGAUUCAUUCAUUUUAAAUUCCUCUUUUAUACUCUGUCAGACCCACAUCAGAAUUUCCCAGUGAAUGAUGUUUUAGGUAGUGUUUUUCAGACCAUUUCAGUUGCCAGCUUUAGACAAAAAGCCUUGAAGUCUUUCUCUGAUAUACUUGUGAUGCAAUCGGCCUCAGAAAAGGAUUUGAUCAGUGAGAGAGACACUGACCAUCUGCAACAGCAGAGUUAGCAGAGAAGUGUCACAUGGACAUGCCUUGUCGUGCCUAGCAUGUAUGGAAGGAUGGCUACGAAGGGCUUGUGGUGUGGACUGUGGAAUCAAAGGGAUUUUUUUCUGAUAUUUCAGGGAGGUGGUUAGAUGAUGAAUAACUCAAAUGUGGACCAAUAGAAAGGUAGAGCCCCUCCCUUCAGGGUUUUAGACUGACUGCCAUGACAACAGGAAACAGAAGAGGAGAAGAAGAGAACAGCGCUAAAGUCGGAGUGCUGGAAGUCCCAUGUUUGUCAGUGUAUCAUUGUGCUUUUGUGGGACCUCUUAAACACUGUGUGGUGUUGGACCCAGACUCGCAACAUCUUUUCACAUACUUGCAGGCUUUCAAGUACUGUCACCCGCUUCAAAAAUGAUUAGCCGGAGAUGAAGGGAGAAAUCCAAACACAUGCCAAGAUUAUCCAUCAGCAGGCCUCACAUCGACACAGCUACGUUGUAUAGUAAGCUCUGUGGGUGUUUUUCAUAAAAAAACCUGAGGCUUAAGGUCAAGUGGUAGACGAGACACAACUGCCUCCUUAGGUGUUCCUGCAAAUGUUUUUCUACACAGGAGUGAUGGUCCUAUUUAUAAGUGGAUGACUAGACAUACAUCUUCCAUCCUUCGUCACACCAAUAAUGCCAUUUGGUGUGUUUAACACUGCCUGUACCAGAAGCCCCUGUCUGUAACAAUAACUGAGAUCUGUUUACAAUAUGAGGUCUCUAAAGUUUGGCUGCUGCACACUGAAACCAAAUACAUUCCCAAUGAGAACCACAGGAGGAGUGAGUUAUGUCAAUGACAAUUUGUCCAUGUUCAUCUUGGAUGUAAUGUUUUUCAAUGAUACAUUCACACCAAAAAAAAAGGCAAAAAGAAAACACAAAAAACAUAUAUAUGUACAGUGCAGGCAAUGAUGUAAAUGGCACAAUUGCUGAAAAAGAAUGAACUUUUUGAGAGAAACUAUAAAUAUUGUAUUAUAUUAUUUUAUUUUAUAGGCAUGCUUUGUUGUGUUUUUUUGUAAAUAAGGAAUUUUAAAAUUGUUACGACUAAUAAUAAAAACAAAAAGAAUAAUAACAAUAAUAUAGAAUGGCUCCCAGCUAUGCCCUUUGUCACAUUUGUUACCUUUUGGAUUUUUUGAGACACUUUUCACUUUGUUGAUGAAAAUUUAAUGAAAUAUAGAUAUUAUAUAAUACAAAAAAUAUAUACAUACAUAUAUGUCUAUAUGUAUAUACAUGAAACAGAAGGACACUGUUUGUCACAUUUGAUUUAUGUGUAACACGUUCAGUGGAUGUCUAAAAGUGGUUGUUUCCAGCAUUCUUCUAUGUUUGGGAAUAGCUUAUGUCUGAAGUUACUGGAACUGCUUGCCAUGGAUUGUAGCCUGAUCAUGAUGAAAGGACAAUGUUACCAGCACAUUUCUCACUGACUGUCAUAUCUCUCACCUUCACUGAGUAUACAGGACACACCCACAAUCACGGACAGAAACACACACACAGUUGACUCCUCAUUGCCCAUCAACUUUACCAGUGAACUCUUCCUUGAGACGGUUCCUACCCCCAGGGCCUUCUUCCCACUCCCACACACCAGUGCCAUUACAGCGCAACAUGCACAGAACCACGUACUUGCUUCUCGUCCUCACGUUUCUUUUGUUGAAUAGUUUGUUUCCAGUGUUCCACUCACUGUCAUGUGCCUUUUUUUCUGCUUUUUCUGCCAAUUUGGAUGUCAAUUUCACACUGAGAAAAAAUGAAAGGCACUAAACUGUCCAAACUGUGGAACGUGGAGGUUUGGGGGCGAGCACAACAUUUAUCAGGGAUGUCGAGUUAGAAAUACUGCCGGAGGAUCAUCCAGACACCCCACUUGGUCUUGAUAUUCAACAGUGUGUGAUGUUAACAGAAAAUCAGCUAACUCAAAAAUGUCCUGUUCUUAGUGCUAUGUGUGUCACCCACUUGGCUUGUGAAAAAGCAGCUUGCCUUCUAUAUUUCUGUUCUUGUUCUUCAAUGUUUCUGACUCCAUCUGAAAUUUAUUUUUUUAUAUUUGAUUAUUAGGACUCAUUCUUUUUUUAGCAUGAUUUAUUAUGGGCUUUUAUUCUUUUUGCUGAAAAAUUGAAAAUUGCUUUUCAAACUGUUGUUUUCAUUUGACACCAUGAUAAAAGAGGAUAUACAGUAAAACAUGAUGGUGUGUUGCACUACCACUUGGACUCUUGGUAAGAUAAAUAUGAAAGAUUGUCUUCAUUUGAGCACAAACCUUUUUAUUACCAAUAAAGCAGCCUUCCAGUUACAA